AAGCCUUUUGGCUCAUGGGGCUAUCACCCUAGUGGAGAAAGGACAAGCUGGCUUUCAGCCUGAGCUGUUGUGCUCAUGGCUUGCCUAAAGGCACUUAUCCCAAUGUCCUUGCAGCAAGUGCUGCCGUUGUGGAAGCAGAUCAUAGGCCUUUACUUCUCCGUGGUCUUCCGCUUCUCAGAGGUGCACCGGGAUUUGCCGUCCGGCCAGCUGAUGGAGCACCUCGACACGGUGGAACGUGAACAGCUCCGCCUGCCGAAGGCCUUCGCGGAGGACUUCAAUCGUCGCUUCGGCGAGGUCACCAAGAGGAUCCUCCAGGUUUGUGAGGACGAGCCCGAUUUCUCCACGAUCUUGGCGUCGAGCUUCGUCGUGCGUGCUCUUGAGUGUUUGGCCUGCUGGGCCUGUGGCUGCUGGGGGUUGCUGGUUGGCCCCUUGCAGUUUGUGGUCGCGCCGCUGUCCUUCACAGGCUCCUUCAUUCGGUUCCUGACCAAUGUCUCGGACUGUCUCUUGCACUAUGCAUGCAGCUUCGUCGUCGCUUUGGCUUUUGUUCUCACCGGCCACAACAGAGGGCCCAUGAUGACCAUUGACACACGCUUCGUGGUCGGCUUUUUGUCCAUCGACUUCCUUUUGAACUGCCUGGUGUACGUCGUCACCUCGGAGCGCUUCGGCGCUCAGCGGCUCUUGCUGCACGCGGCGUAUGGGACGUUCAACACGAAGACCUACUUCUUCGUGGUCUUGGGCUCCCUCUUCGGGUAUCGCUUCGACCUGCGCGUGGUCAUCCUCACGGGGCUUUUAACUCUAGCUGUGAAGUCCUAUGGCCUCCACAAAACCAUCCUCAAGGGAUGCGGAUGGCCUUGCUUCCCGGUGUGCUUCUAUGUGGAACACCGUAUUGGCCACCUGCCAGUGGUGUACCAGCAUGCUCACAAGAUGCAUCACUACUUGCACGAUACCACCGCCUUUGAUGCCCACAUCUAUGGGAGCGGUAUGAACGAGGAGUUCUUCUGGAUUUGGGCCGAAGUGCUGCCGUGUCUUUUGUGUCCAAGCCUUUUCUUCCCAUACUUCUUGAACUUCGAUACCCUCUAUAUGUCCCUCACCAACAAGCCGGCGCACACCCGAACCUGCGAGGGCAGUUGUUGGAGCAUGGCCGAGGAUAACUUCCACGCGGACCACCACACGUUGCAUCGAGCGAACUACGGCUCCGCCUUGGGGGUUUUGUUGGACUUCUACUUCGGCACGCAAGGAAGCCAGACCAAGGGCGCUGGAGGCCUUGCUUACCAACGCUCAGAGGAGGGCGACCAGAUUGUGCUGCAGGUCCAGCGUGCUCAAGGGCCACUCUCAGUACCACAGAACCAGCCUCCAAAGAUGGAGGAGGAUCUUCAUGUCAUCAGAGAUGCCAAGCUGGUGGUGACCGAGGAGCAGCUGGCAGCCCACCACAGCGAUGAGACGGGCGUGUGGAUCGCCUUGAAGGGCGGCGUCUACGAUGUGAGCGCCUUCCAUCGGAUCCACCCGGGCGGCAGCCAGAUCAUCCUGGACCAUGCGGGGACCGACGCGACAGACGUUUUCACACAAGUGGGGCAUUCGCAGAAAGCGAAGGCCAUGGCUGCAAAGCGUCUCAUCGGCCGCUUAAAGGGCAGGAGAAGCGAGCGACUGUGAAGAUCGAAGGACGACGCGCGGUCUGUCCAAAUCGUUGAAUUUCUGCCGAAUCACGCUCCGUGAAUCCUCCCGAAUCCGGAGAUCGGAGCCUCAUAGUUCCAGGGGUUUGGGUUUCUGG